UUUCAGAAUGCUUCCUCAACACAAUACAUUUAUUAGGAGACCGACUAUUGCAGGAAGGAGCUUUCAUCCAUCAGGAUAUUCUGUACAGCAAUUUGUACCACAGCAGUCCAAUUUUCAGCAGCCGAUUAGUAAUUUCACACAAAAAUCUGCUGAAUCGCGAGCACAAAAACAAGUUGGAGCGAAUUUUCUUCCUUCUAUCGUCAAUGAAGCUUAUCAUAACGUUUUGGAACAAAUUGUGACGGCAAUGUGUUAUAAAAGCGGAUUCGAUGAUAUCGAGGAAGGCGCGUUAGAAACUUUGAUGCUUCUCUUUCAUUCAUAUAUAAAACGCAUUGGUGAGCAGUCGAGAUUUGCUUGUGAGGUUGCUGGACGUACUAUUGUGACACCUGGAGAUGUUUGGUUCGGACUUGUUAAUAUGGGAAUUAAAGUCAACCAACUUUCGGAUUUUCAUCAAGAUCAAAUUAUUUCCGCGCUGACCGUGCAUGCUCCCGAAAUAAUCCCCCCAGAAGCUAAAAACCAAGCACUACGAAUCGGAACACCUCGUCCUCAUCCCAGUUAUGUAUACGAAUGGCUUCCACCGUUGCCUGAUCCUCAUACCUAUAUCAAGACAGAAAUAAGUGAAGAUAUCGAUUUUUCGUAUGAAAAAGUGCGUGAAGCAAUGUCGCAAAAGAAACGGAAUGGAAUCACAUCACUCGUUAAUUAUAUGAUUAGAAAUUACCCAUCUAUCUGCUUGUUUCGAAACUUUGAAGAAAUUAUUCAUGAGCAAGUCAAGAAAACUUUCAACAAAGAAAGUGAGGAAAAACGAAUGCAGGAAGCUUUUGUCGCUUUUCGAGAUCUUGUUCAAACAAAUGAUAUUGAUGAAGUCAAAAACGUAUCAAAAUCGCUGUAUGACAAAGGACUAAUCAGUAAACAUGAAUUACAAAGUGGUACAGAAGUGUUGUGCAUGAGCUCGGAUGGUGCAUUGAUUGAUCAAUUCGGUGAACGAGUUUACUUGUCAGAAACAACUUCCAUCGAUUUGGAAGAUAAGGAUCGAGUUUCGAAGAGCUCAACUAGGAUGACAACGUGUGGAGAUGGAGCUGAAUCUUUGAGAUACCACUGGCCAAUUGAUGAAAUGCUCGACGAGCUCAUCGAGUUAGACUCCUGUACGAUGGACUUGGGAGACGAAAAAAUUGAUGAAAUGAAGUAUAUGCAGGAGAAGACAACAUUUGAAUAUUUACCUGAAUGGUGUCAUAUUCUUAUUCCUUCAUUCGAGCAUCGAGCAUACUUGACAGUAGUUUCUGAUGAUUUGAAAGCGGAAGAAGAGUCGAAAAAAGAUAAAGAUAAAGAGAAAGAUAAACAAAUUGGAGAUUUGACUGAAGAGGAAAAAAAAGGAAAAGAUGAAGAAAUUUUCCAGACGCACGAAAACCUCUACCUUUGCCCUCCGAUACGCGACAACGACUACGGCAAUUAUGAGGAUGAAGAGAUUACGGAAGAAUCUGCAUUAGAAGUUCCCGAAAAUGAUUAAUUUGUUAAUUUUCACAAAUGUUUUAAUUAAUCCCAACUACUUUCCACUCAAAAAUCUCAACAAAAACAUCGGGUUUUCUCAUUCUUGUAACUUCAAAAAAUAAUUCUUCAAAUAAAACAUUUUUUAUUAUUAA